GCAACACUGUUACUGUUUAGUAGAUGGCGCUUUGUAUUUGAACCGUGAACACGUGUUGUGUGUUUGAAAUUUGAAGUGUUUUUAUAGUUAAAUUUUAUAUUAAAAAGACUCAAAAAAUGGCUGAACUUGUACAAUUGAGAAUAGAAGAUGCUAUUCCAGAAUUAGAACAAAUGGAAAGAAUAGGAUUAUUUACAAAUAAAGAAAUAAAGUUGAUAAUUAAAAGAAAAAAAGCCUAUGAAUAUCGUUUACAAAGGAGACAAAAGACAAAAGAAGAUUAUCUAAAAUAUAUUUAUUAUGAAAAGUGUUUGUUGUCACUAAUUCAAAAAAGAAGAAAAGAAACACACAAUUUCAACAAGAAAAAAGAAAUUGAUAUUUCUAUUGCCAAAAGAGUUAGUAAAUUGUAUAAAGCAGCCAUUGUUCGUUGUCAAAAAGAUGUUAACCUUUGGUUAGAACACAUUGAUUUCUGUAAAACUAUGCACUGGAAUGAAACUGUUAGUGGCAUGUUUACCCGACUUCUUCAAGUACAUAACAAUGAUCCUGAAUUAUGGAUCAUGGCAGCCAAGUGGGAAAUGGAGGAAAACAAUGCAGCAGAUAAUUCAAGAGCACUAUUUCAAAGAGGCAUACGCUUUCAUCCAGAAUCAAAAUUAUUGUGGAAUGAGCUUAGGAAGAAACAAGAACCAGAUAUAUAUACUCAGAACGAAGAAGAAAAUAUAUUAAAUGGCAAAAUUGCUAAAAUUAUUUACUCUAAUGCAAUUGAAACAAUUCCAGAUGUAAAUUUUGCAAUAUCUUUUAUUCCUAUUUGUGGAUCUUUUGAAUUUACAAAACCUAUAGAAGAACAAAUUUAUGAAGAUAUACAAGAAAGGUACAGUGAUAAAGAAGAAACAUGGAAUGCAUUAGCAAACAGAGGAUUAAGGAAACUUGAAGUUGAAUGGAAGCGUGCUGAAACUCCCAUUACUUAUCAAAGACUUCUAUAUUCAAAUGAUACAAACAGAUUAACUAUCAGUAUACAAGAAAGGUACAGUGAUAAAGAAGAAACAUGGAAUGCAUUAGCAAACAGAGGAUUAAGGAAACUUGAAGUUGAAUGGAAGCGUGCUGAAACUCCCAAAACUUUAAAUUUCUUAAGUAUACAAGAAAGGUACAGUGAUAAAGAAGAAACAUGGAAUGCAUUAGCAAACAGAGGAUUAAGGAAACUUGAAGUUGAAUGGAAGCGUGCUGAAACUCCCAAUACACCAGAUGAAAUGAUAGCUGACAUAAAGAAACAAGUUUUUAAUAUUUAUGAAGAAAGAUUACAAACUAAUCCUACAGAAAAAAUGUGGACACUUUAUAUUCAAAUGUGUUUAAAUCUAAUUUUAAAAUAUAGUGAAAAUCUGAAAGAAGAGUUAAUAUUACAUACAUUGAAUAUAAUGGGAACUGCAAACAAAGAAAAUUGCUUAAUUGAAGAACUGUUUAUGGAAAGGAUAAAAUUAUUAAGUACUUGUGAGUCUGAAGAUGUCUUGUCUCUUGCUUCAGAACUUGUUCAGAAAUGGCCUGAAAAUGUUUCUAACUGGUUGUUAUCUCUCAAUUUACAUAUUGAACAUAAAUCACCAACAAAAUUGAUAAUAUCAAUUUUCAAUGAAUCAAUUUCUAAUGUUCCAGAAAAGGAAUCCUUACCUCUUUGGUUUUUGGCAAUUGAAUGGCUUUCUUCUUCUAAUACUUCCAAACUGAAAGAUGUUUUUGAGCAUGGAAUUAUUAUGGGUGAAGUAAUAAGUAUUCCUUUGAAAUGUUUAUAUCUACAUUUUAUUUCAAAAACUGAAGAUAUAAAAAGUUGCAGAAAAUUAUAUAAAAGGCUCAGGAAUUUGAAGCCCCUUUCAGUUGAAUUCUUUCAAAAAAUGAUUGAAAUAGAAAAUUGUCUGAAGAAUCCUAUAAUAAAGAGGUUGAGAAAUAUUUAUGAAGAUGGUCUUCUUGAGUUUGGUUCAUCAUCAGUGGAUCUCUGGUUGGAUUAUGCUGAACUUGAAUUGACUCAUAAGAAAGGAAUGCCAACAGAAGUUGGAAACAUUUAUUGGAGAGCUAUGAGAACACUAGAAUUAGAGGAGGAAAAAGAGUUAUUCAUGGUUAAAUAUACAGCAUUGUUAAAUAGUCAUACUUAAUGUUAUGAUUGACUAGAACUGUAAAUAAAUAAAUUUUAAUUUUUUCAUGUUUA